CAUGGAAUACAACCACAUUCAUAUUGAAUCAAUUUGGACUGUCUGACUUUGGUUUACCUAUUGCCUUGCAGUGUCUGGCAGCACUGUGUUCCUGUUAGAGCCACCAGCACAAGCACCAGACGAUGCUGAUCCAGGUGAAAGCCCCAGUGCAGCAGCAACAGCACAUGAUGGAGACGAUGAUGAGGAGGAGACCAUCUCUCUGGAUUCCAGAAGGCAUGAGGACCCAGAUGCUAUACAGUGGGAAAACCAGCCUGGCAACAUAAGCUCACAAGCUAUCAGAAAGUUGUAUGGCAACCACCUCCGGCGCCAAAUAGAACUGGCAGACAUAGACAUUCAGUACAAGAAGAAAAAGAUAGAAAAUCUUGCACUGGAGUCCGAAAUAAAAAAGAGGACAAUUAGGAAACUGGACCUUGAAAUAAAAAAACUUGAGAGGGAGCUCCAAGAAGAUGACACAGCUCAAAAUAAAAAUUAGCAAUCAGUACAACCAAGUCAUCGUUAUAAGGCACCGGCCUCUUUUGCCCACCCCCCCAGCACCAGGUGUGGCCACUAGCCUAUAUGAAGGCCCAAAAUUGUGUGUUACUUUCUGCUCUGACAAUGGCAUGCCCAUUCUUGCGAGAUGUGGUGGAUGAAGAAGCACUUGUGCUGAGGAGAGCCUUCAGGCGAGAAAGGGUCUUCAGGGACCGGUUGGACCCACUGGCCUUCCCUGAUGACCAUCUAUAUGAAAGAUACAGGUUUUCUGCAGAUGGCAUCCGGUAUCUAUGCAGACUACUGGGUCCCAGGAUUAAGCACCGCACUGCACGGAGCCAUGCACUGAGUGUGGAGCAAAUGGUUUGUGUGGCCUUGCACUUUUUUGCUAGUGGAGCCUUCCUGUACUCAGUGGGGGGAUGCAGAACAGCUGAACAAGGCCACAAUUUGCCGCACAAUAAGGAGUGUGUGUCUGGCUAUCAAAGCAUUAGCAGAUGUCUUCAUCUCCUUCCCUGGCCACAGAAGACUCUGUGACAUGAAAGGGGAGUUCUAUAGGAUUGCAGUGGACUGCACACACAUAAGGAUAAAAGCCCCCUCAGGUGCCCAUGAGGCCGAUUUUGUGAAUAGGAAAUCCUUUCACAGCAUUAAUGUUCAGAUGGUCUGCAAUGCUGACUGUGUGAUCAGCAAUGUUGUGGCAAAAUGGCCUGGCUCAGUCCAUGACUCCAGAAUCUUUCGGGCCUCUGAAAUCUAUCAGUGCCUAUCACAAGGUGAAUUCUCUGGUGUGUUGCUGGGAGACAGGGGGUAUGGCUGCCAGCCUUUUCUCCUGACACCUUUCACAGACCCCCAGGAAGCACAGCAGGCCUACAACCAUGCCCAUGCCAGGACCAGGGCCAGAGUUGAAAUGACCUUUGGCCUCCUGAAGGCACGCUUUCACUGCCUUCACAAAUUAAGAGUCAACCCUGUUAGGGCAUGUGAUAUUACUGUGGCUUGUGCUGUCCUCCACAAUGUGGCCUGCCUGAGGAAGGAGAGGGCCCCCAGAGUGCCACCAGCCAUGGACUGGGACAAUCCGGCAAUCUUCCCUGAUGACGACAGUGGUCGGCUGCUGAGGGACCAAUAUGUGUUGAAUUAUUUUAGUUAGUAUGUGUGCUUUCAAUUUAGGUAAAAAAUGUCCUGCUGUGGCAGAGGAAAUAGGGUUUUUUUGGGUUGGUUUUUUUUACGAAUUUGGCCUCUUAUGAUGUUUGUGCGGUAUACUGUGUGUAAUACAAGGCUGCAGGGAGGCUACUGCAUCCAUUCAUUUGUCUGUUCAGUUGAUGUGUAUGGAUUUGUCCUGCAUUUAUUUAAG